AUAUUUACUGAUGGACACGCUUCCUUUCCGGAUAUUGCAGCAUGAAGAAGGAGCAAGUUGUCAACUGUCAGUUCUCUGUUUGGUAUCCGAUAUUCAAGAAACACACGAUUAAAAGUCUGAUUCUUCCUUUGCCUCAAAAUGUAAUAGACUAUUUACUGGACGAUGGGACACUGGUAGUCUCUGGGAGUGACCAUAACACACAACCGAUUCACAAUAACAACAGCGAUUCAGAGGUAGAGGAAGAUGUUCAGUGGUCAGAUGAUGAGACAACUACAGUCACUGCUCCUGAGUUCCCAGAAUUCACCUCUAAAGUGCUGGAGGCCAUAAACGCCCUGGGUGGACAAGUCUUCCCCAAACUUAACUGGAGUGCUCCACGGGAUGCAAAUUGGAUUGCUCUAAACAGCUCCCUGCAGUGCUGCAGCCUCAGUGAUAUAUUUCUGCUCUUCAAAAGCUCUGACUUCAUCACCCACGACCUCACACAGCCAUUUCUUCAGUGCAGUGAUCAAGACUCCCCAGAUCCAGUCGUCAGUUAUGAGCUGGUCCUGAGAAAGUGGAGCGAGCUGAUUCCCGGUGGAGAGUUUCGCUGCUUUGUCAAAGAAAACAAGCUAAUCGCUAUCUCCCAGAGAGACUACACACAGUAUUACCAACACAUCCUGAAGCAGGAGGAGCAGAUCUGUCAGGCUAUACAAGAGUUCUUCAGCCUGCACAUCCAGUACAACUUCCUGGAUGAAGAUUUUGUGUUCGAUGUCUACAGAGACAGUCAGGGCAGGGUGUGGCUCAUUGACCUGAACCCCUUUGGAGAGGUGACGGAUUCGCUGCUGUUCAGCUGGGAAGAGCUGACGUCAGGGGGAGAAAUUGCCCAGCAGCAGCAGGAGAGCCCAGCGUUCAGAUACACAACCAGUGAGGUGACGGUGCAGCCCAGUCCCUGUCUGAGCUACAGAAUUCCACGGGAUUUUGUUGACCUCUCCACCGGGGAAGACGCCUACAAACUUAUUGACUUCCUCAAACUGAAGAAAAGCCAACAGGAAGAAUCUGAGGAGGAGGAAGAGGAGAAUGCUCCACAGUGAAAUCGGGGUCAUUAACCCUUCAUAUAAUGUCCGUGUGAAGUGACUCUUCACCUUCUGUCUUGUUGCUUGCUGUUUGUUUCCACUCUCCUCUGAACAGAACAGUGUAUCCAAGUUUUCUCUACUAACUCACUCAUGUUGGUCUAAUAGAACAUGUUAAGUUAGUGCAUCGUGUUAACAGCUCCUUAAGGAUCCAUUUAUCUCUCAAGUUGGUUUCAGUUUUCUGUACAUUAGGGAAAUGUGUCAUAAUUUGAAGGGGGUGUAUUCUCCACUACUGUAAAGAUCACACACUUUUACACUUUUAAAUUAUAGUUUAUUUGUCUGUAUUGAUGCCUGUAAAAUGGUCUCUGGAUUUAAAGUAAACUGGAAAUCGCACACGUCUGGGGUGUUUGUGUGUUUUUAAGGCUGACAGACGUCUCUGAUUAACACUGAAUCAACUUUCAUUUUUUUCUCUCCUUCUCCAUCUCUCCCUGCCAAUUUCCACUGAGCAGUUUGGACACACUCAUCACUCCCAGCUGCUCCAGGCGCUCUUUUCGAGUCCUGCCCCCCCCCAUCAUGCAUCACUGUAGACUCCCAAAAAAAAAAAACACAAUUAAACUCCUUGUCAUAUAUUGAGCGGCUGUCAGUCUGGUGGGUGCAGUAAACUAGCACAUUAGAAAUCGAUUGUGCUUUUAUGCAAUAGUUCUCAUUACACUGGAAGCUAAAUGAGCUGUGCGUGCAUUGCACAGGCCACUUCAUUUUGGGUUGGUGUUUUUUUUUUUGUUUCCUUUUUUCACUGAAUUGAUGGAGCAAUUACAGGGAGAUGGAAAGAGCGAGUGUAUUUAGAGUUACAGCUCCCCUGGGCGAACUGCUGAGGACGGGAAACGGUGUACGAGGCACAAAUUGUAUGAAUGUUUCACGUUAAUUGUCAUUAUGAAAAUGAAAUCUGGCUACAGAUGUACAAUCCAAACAUGAAAGAGACAUCCUGGUUUGACUUGCAUAUGUGGAUGAGCUUCUCUAAUAAAAUCUAUAUGCAG